AUGGCGGGUUUCGGGGGCGGGAGACUCCCUGCUAUGGGGCUGGCGGCGCUGCUGCUGUUCGCGCUGUGCACAGUGGGCACCUGGGGGCUCUACUUCCAUAUCGGCGAGACCGAGAAACGCUGCUUCAUCGAGGAAAUCCCCGACGAGACCAUGGUCAUCGGCAACUAUCGCACCCAGAUGUGGGAUAAGCAGAAGGAGGUCUUCCUACCCUCGACCCCUGGCCUGGGCAUGCACGUGGAAGUGAAGGACCCCGAGGGCAAGGUGGUGCUGUCCCGGCAGUACGGCUCCGAGGGCCGUUUCACGUUCACUUCCCACACGCCCGGUGACCAUCAGAUCUGUCUGCACUCCAACUCAACCAGGAUGGCUCUCUUCGCCGGUGGCAAACUGCGAGUGCACUUGAAUAUCCAGGUCGGAGAGCACGCCAACAACUAUCCCGAGAUCGCUGCUAAGGAUAAGCUAACGGAGCUGCAGCUCCGCGCCCGCCAGCUGCUCGAUCAGGUGGAGCAGAUCCAAAAGGAGCAGGAUUACCAGCGGUAUCGUGAAGAGCGCUUCCGUCUGACCAGCGAGAGCACCAACCAGAGGGUACUGUGGUGGUCGAUUGCUCAGACCGUCAUCCUCAUCCUCACUGGCAUCUGGCAGAUGCGUCACCUCAAGAGCUUCUUUGAGGCCAAGAAGCUGGUAUAGAGCCCUCUCCAUAUGACCCUUCCUUUUCACCUCAAUUAUUUGGUACUUUCCCCACCCUAUCCCUUAUCCACCUGGAUUUUGAGGGAAAAAAAGAAAAAAAAUAUGUCACAUUGGUUCCAUGGCAGCAAACCAUUCAGAUCAGCCACUUAUUAACCCUGGUUCUCAAGGACACAGGACAUUGGUUCAAGCUUUCAAAAUCUGUCUUAGGGCUACCCAGGACUAAGUCUUGCUUCUCUUGCCUCCAGUGAUUCCCCUCUAUUCUCAUACAAAAUGAGCAAAUGAAAAAUCUCUCCUUCACCUCUGCUCUUUUUUUUUUUGGUGGCUGGCCAGUGCGGGGAUCUGAACCUUUGACCUCAAUGUUACAACACUGCGUUCUAACCAACUGAGCUUACCGGCCAGCCUGACACCUCUGCUCUCUGUCUGCUUAUGCAGUGGGCGAGUGGCAUAUCCCAUGGAGGAGGCCCUGACCCCUGCUCUGUGGUCAGUCCUGGGUUCACUCAAUGGCUUUGUGAAUGUAAAUAAGGGGCAGUCUUGGCCCUGGAGGAUUGAGAUGUUUUUCUAUAGUAGAACUAUUUUUUGAUAAAUUAUAUAUUUUCCUUCCUCAUUGAAGUGCUGCUGCCUGUAACUAGCUGAAAACACUAAUGCAGUACAUAUACGUUGUUUAUUCGCACAUUUCUAAUAGCUACCAUGGCAGCUCUCAUGAUUUCAGUGCUCUGUGGGCAGACGUUACAGCUGCUCAUGGCUGUAUCAGAGGGCCAAGCAGAGUUCUCUUACACAUUUGUGAUUUCCAUCCCAUAGGGCCUCAGAGUCAGAGGUAAGGCAGUGACGGAGCUAGCAUGGGUCAGUGCACUCUUACCCUCCCUCAUCCCUUAACUUUUAUUUAAGUUGUGUUAAAUGUUUUCUUCAUGGGAACCAGAUUUGGUUCUUUAUACACAUUUUUUCCAGUGAAAUAAAAUGUGUUGUAGUA